CAAGUAUGAAAGGCAGUCGUCCAGGGUGCCCAGAGCGCUGCUGAGACGCCACCGGCGAAACCCCAGCCUAAUUACUCGUGAGUGAUGCCUUGGGUCAUCGCACUUGAUCAACACGUGCAGUGAUCAGCAGGUGAACUCGGCAGCUUUGCACCCGGAUGCAGUACUUACACUGCUGUGCCUUGGAGGCGCAACGUCAACGCCCUCAACCACAGGAGGGAUCCGAACCAUAAUGGACCUUGGAGCCUGCAAUGCGGAUUCCAUAGCAGAUAUGACAUUGGUAAUCCACACGGUCACUGAGGUGGCCAACGCACCGGAGGCUUCGGUGGCCCACAUGGUCCUCCUAGCGCCUCAGGCUUUGCUUCGAGCAGCAAGCCUACUACUGGCUCUAGUACUGGCUCCAGCACCAGCACCAGCAGCUCCAGCGAAGAGGCUACUGGCUCGAGCACUGGCAGCGCUGCGCAGUAUAUGCUUCACGUCGUGGUGGUUCGGGCGCUGUUCAGAAAUGGUAACAACUCUUGGCCAAUGCUUCUUCGUCGGUUCUAUUUUCUUGGGCGCACAGAUGGCCGCGCUGCUCGCUGCCUAUGCAUCCUCCUCUCUUGUAUUAUAUCCACUUAUACUACACGCUGGUUGUACCGAGCAGGAUGAAGACACGACACGCACGGCCGGAAGAAAUUCGUUCACUCGAUGUUGAUGUGGUGGCCUAGGGAGACGCCAUUGAUUAUGGGCAUAAAGAUUACACUAGGUGUGCAGAGAAAAAACACGGUAGAGGCUGUGGCAGGGGCGAGAAGAGCGAGCGGCGGC